GCAAAGGUGGAUGCUGCUGCUCCUCCUGCUGCUGCUACUGCCUUCCUCCGCCUUUUCCCGGACCUGGAGGACCUAAGAGGCUGGAGGAUCGGGGCAUCUCCUGCCUGGAUGGACGGGGCGGACCCAGCCUUGGCUGCCAAGCGCCACAGCCCGAGGCCAUGUAUUCCUUUGCCAAUUGUUCCAACUGGGAACUGAUGUUCUCCAGCCUUGAAGUGCCCAUGAAGUCAGCUUAUGAAAACCUCUGCAAUGGUAGCAACUUAGAGGGGAACCAGAGUUACUGUGACCCUGAAGUCUUGAACAUGACUGCUGAGCAGCUCCGGAUUAAGUAUUUGGGACCCCGCCAGUCAGAUUUCUUUGUCCCUAUCUGCACGACGUACCUCUUGAUUUUUGUGGUCGGCGCCAUGGGAAAUGCAUUGACUUGCCUGGUCAUCAUCCGGCACCGUUUCAUGAGAACACCCACCAACUACUACCUGUUUAGCCUGGCUGUCUCUGACCUCCUGGUGCUCCUCCUGGGAAUGCCCCUCGAGAUCUAUGAGAUGUGGAGCAACUACCCUUUCCUCUUGGGGUCCAGCGGCUGCUGCUUCAAGACCUUGCUCUUUGAGGCCGUCUGCUUUGCCUCCAUCCUCAAUGUCACUGCCCUCAGCGUUGAGCGCUACAUUGCUGUGGUCCACCCACUCAAGGCCAAGUAUGUGGUGACCAAGAAUCAUGCCAAGAGGGUCAUCAUCACAGUCUGGGUGUUGUCUGUGAUCUGCUCCAUCCCAAACACCAGCCUGCAUGGGAUCCAAACCCUCUACGUCCCGUGCUGGGGGGUGGUCCCAGACUCGGCCACUUGCACUCUGGUGAAGUCCCGUCUGAUGUACAACCUCAUCAUCCAGGUCACAACCAUUGUCUUCUUUUUCAUGCCCAUGGGCGUCAUCAGCAUCUUGUACCUCCUCAUUGGGCUGCAGCUGAGGAAGGAGAAGAUGCUGGAAGCCCUGGAAGCCAAGUCGGGAGGCAACUGUGACUACCACAAUGUACGCCUCCAGCAGAAGAAGGCCCGGAGGAGGCAGGUGACUAACAUGCUGUUCGUACUGGUGGUCGUGUUUGGCAUCUGCUGGGCCCCCUUUCACACCGACAGGCUGGUCUGGAGUUUCAUCACCCACUGGACCGACGCGAUGCAGAACAUGUUCCAGUACAUCCACAUCAUCUCGGGGGUCUUCUUCUACCUGAGCUCCGCAGCGAACCCCAUUCUCUACAAUCUGAUGUCCACCCGCUUCCGGGAGAUGUUCAAAGAAGUGAUGUGCCAUGGCCAUUCCAAAGCAAAAGGAUCCCGCAAGCGUUCGCCCAGCAGCACCCGCGCCACCAUGCGCAGCACAGUCUCUGAGCACAUCACUGGGGCUGAUGGGCACCCUCUUUCGGACAUGGAGGAGUACGAGAUGGACCCCGAGGGGGAGAACGCUGAGGAACGUGAAGCUCCAUUCCUCUGAGAGUUAUUCCCAACUGGUCAAACUCCGAGGGGGAAUGUGAGCAUUUUGGGGCAGGGACCCAACAUUUCUG